CGUAACAUGAGGACGAGUUCCUCUCGUCAACUCCAAAAAGUCAAAUCGUACCGGUAGGAUAUUUCUUUCGUAAUGCAACAAGCAGCGGUUGCACCAUCUUUUGUUUUGUGUUCCAGAGAAGUUGAUUGUUUAUAAGUCUACGUGGCAGAAAGGAAUAGGCAAACAUGCCAGUAAGGCCAGCCGGAGGAGAAAGAAGCAAGGGCACUGGCGUUUCUGUGCGCUUGAGUGUCAAGAACCCGCAGGGGAGAUCUGCCCCAUCCGGUGCACCAGCACAAAAUAAAGCUCCCAAAAAGAGACGAUUCGAGCCACCCGCGAUAUCGACACCAUCCCAUCCAGCCCAGGUUGCCGACUUGCAGCUGUUGCAUCAACAAUCAGAGCUAUCUUUCUAUCUCCACCGCCCCUCGAAUUCUCCGACGUCCGAAGGGUCGUGGUAUGCCAAAGCCAAGACCAGCCUGUAUGUCCUCCAAAACGAAGGGACCAUCAAAGACGAGGCCACUGCCAGAGACAGAGGAAAAUUCGACGCUGCGUUGCACUUGCGGGGAUCCUGUCAUGUAUCUUCCGUCGAGGUUGAAACGCCAUCCACACUACCUUCGGCGGGAGCAGUUUCACUCAAGACAAAGCAAGAACUUGUGAAAAGAAAAACCGUGUUCCAUCAUUUUGAUCCGCUCGAGCGAGUCCUUCUCAAACCAGCAAAAACAUACACCAUUGAUGACGCGAAAGCUAAGACUAAACGCCACGAAGCUGAUUCUCAGUUUUCGAGAGGUGCCACUGGAAUGACGAACGCCAUUCGUGCGGCCAGCAUUGGGAGUAACCUUGGCGAACUUCGCAUCUUUGCUAUCACGGGUUCAGAAAAGAAAGCGAACAAUAAUAAUAAGAAUGAAAAAAGCGUACCUGAAAGUGACAGAGAGGAGGCUCUAAAGGAGUGCUGGAAGCUUGACAUGCAAGGUGCUCAUGCUUCCGGAGAUGUUUCUUUGAGAUUAGCAGAACGAAUGGAACAAAGGAAUUCUCUGAGAAAGAAUGCUAGGAUCGACUUAGUUGCUGGUUUGAUGGCAAAACAGAACGAUCGAGCCGUCAAAAUUACUGUUUGCUAUCAGAUUUAUUUGGGUCGUGGCAGUAGCAAUGAUUCCACUCGGCAUUGGGGAGGUAUACACGCUCUUACGAAGGAUCAAACGCCCCAUGUCUACACGACCUGUGGGGCCUAUGGUGACCACGAAGGUCCUCGGUCGUGGAUUCCAACAACCGACUCUGCUUCCUCACGACACAGAGCCUCUCACGAAAUCACCAUCACUGUGACUGCCCCUAUGAAAGAUGGCCUGUCAGUAACUGGAUUUGGAGAAGAUUUUGGAGUUCAUGAGACUCUAUUGCAUGACCGACUCGUGGUACAUCCCGGCGAUGAACGAACGGCUGUAGAUAUAGAUAAAAUGAAAAAGGAGGUGGGAGAGGAUCACGUUGAAUGGCUACUCAACACUUCCAUCCAUGGAAACGUCGGUGAAGAGAGCACCGCCGAUCCGCCGCAUCUCAUACCUCCAGAGGUUUGUCACAGCUGUAAAAUGACAUCCAUCAAUUCAAUUCUCGCCACAUGUAUAUGGAAAUCUUGCAGUUGGCUCCCGAUAUCACCGAGAUCACAAGGCUUUGCAAUUGGACCCUUUCGAAUACUUGAGGAUCCCGAAUAUUUGAAUUCGUUGGUGGAAGACGAAAGCGGUAAUUCUUCGAGCGACGAAGAUGACGAUGACCAGAGCAAAGAAAUCUACGAUCCAAUACAGGCCGCUCGAGAUAAUGGGGAAGGAAUUCGGCAAGCAUACUUCGCACCAAUUUUUGCUAGAAAGUUCAUACACGCAACAUCAUCGAACGUAUCACUCAUUCCUGACACCAAAUUUGAUCUGACUCCACUAACCAAAAGACAAACCGAGCUCCUUGAAGAAUUGGACAAAACCGUACUGACGUCCACAGUCGGUGUUCCGCAUCGCGCACUAUCAUUAAUGCGUGACAUUUUAGCGCUCCCAGCUUUUCGCACUUCAUCAUACACUCAAAUUUGGAUCCCAGAAGCAGUUCAUGGUGGCGUAACAAGUGGAUCUCUCCACUGUUGCCCAGAGGUAAUGAACAAUCCAUUCUUAGGAGGAGCAAUAAUGGAUUCUCGACUGUUACCGCCUGUUAAUCAUCGACUCCCUUACUAUCAAGGAGGUCGCAUUCUGCAAUUCCUCCAAGCACGCUGCGCGAUACGGGGCUGGAUUAUGUCUGCUAUCCCGUUGAGUGGUCGUGACGACGUAGGUAAUGGAUACAUUCACACGCUUAUCGAGAGUUUGAUAAUGAGCUUGUACGAUCGUGGACACGGAGCUCAUGGUGAAGGAGGCGGUAAAGGGGGCGUCUUUUUCACGAAGCGAUUUGCCAGUAGGAGCGGGUUGAAUAGUUCAAAUUUGGAUUUUUUGCCAGUGCAGAAUAUUGAAGAGGUAGAUUUUGAUGAUGGGAUAGUUGGUGGAAUCGUUGGUGCCGUUCCUGUUGAAGAUAGAAAUAAUGAUCAAUUGUGGCGUUCUGCAUCGAAUGGGACUGAGUCACAUACUUCUUCAAUGGAUGAGUUUGCAGUCCGACAGCUGCUCACAUUGGAUACAGUGAGCGCCCUUGAGCGUGGAACAGAUAUGGAUAAAAAGGUCCAAAAUGUCCCUACCCCUUCAAUGGGAUGGAUGGGAUCACAUUUUUCUCUUUCCUAUCUAUCUAGCAAUGCAAACAGUAGCUCUGCUUUAGGCUGUGGUGCACUAGAACUUCAGCAUCCGAUUGGGGGACUGCCAUACCGUGCUCUUAAAGGUGAUCUCGUGCGACGCGUUGUCGAGGGAAGAGCUGGCAUUGCCAACUUCAUUCGGUUGGUGAGAGCAUCAUUUGUUGCGGCACAUCUCGUAGACACUGGUCGACAKGAGCUGAAUUAUCCAUUGGAAAGAAAUGCAAAAACGAGUGAUCAAGAGAAGGGGGGUGAUAAGGACAAAGAAAAAGAUGCUAUUGAAAGACCGAAGCCAAGAUUUAUAAUAUGCGUCAAUGAAAUCCUGAAAAAGAAAGGUCUCUCUCAUACACUAUUUACACGUGCGCUGCAAAACCUAUCUGGUCGUGUCCGAGAGCAACAGUUGGUAGGACGAAUGGUUGAUGUUGAGCGUACUUCGAGAGAUCCUAGAACAAACAGUCCUUUCGUUGAUCCCGAGGGAUUUCCAAAUUCAUAUGUACGGGGGGCCUCACAGAUGUAUUUGCGCGUUGGUGUUCACGUCGAGCCAGCAAAGGAUGUAUCUGGUGUAUCGAAGGGUAUUCAGCUACAGGCGUACGCAGAACCUGUAAUUCCUGAAGGUGGAAUAUCAUAUGGGGGUCCGAUAACACUCCGUGUUGUUGAAAAUGAAGGGCAGUUCCGUGAGUGGGUGAAGGACUUGAAUUUUGACGGCAGUCGACGUGAUUGGGGAUCAGUUACGCUUCAUGCAAAACCUGUAACACUACCUAAAGCCCAGACAGCAGCAAGCGGAAUUAUCGAGAGUGGCAGUAGCGGUGCUAAGCAAUCAGCUGAUUCAAAUAAAGGAGACUCGAGCUCCAACUCCAGGAGUCCCCUUGGAAUAACAUUUUCGCCCAUCGGAGCGUUCACAGAAUCAAGCAUACAUAAUAAAGGCUAUCAAGCGAUCGAAUUGAUCCGCAUUACAAACCUUACGCCUCUUUUAUGGGUAAGGGUCGACCCGAUGCUUCUGUAUGGAGGAAAAAUCGCUGUAACUCAACAAGAUGCAUGCUUAGCCGAGAUGCUCUUUCAUGACGGCGAUGCUGGCGCCCAGGUGGAUGCUCUCCGGGCUCUGGCAGAGAGACCGACAAAAAUACAAGGAUCUGUUAAGGUAUCCUCUGUCUACGAUGUAAAAGUAUCUGAGUUACCAGUACGAGUUUUGGGAGAUUGCCUUCGCGGAACACCAGCAUUACACAGCUCUUUACCACAUACACCUUCUGUGCGCGCACAAGCUGCAUUAGCAAUAGCUCAGUGGCAAAACAAUAAAGCACCAAAGCACAAGAAUGACAUGGGACAAUCAAAUUGGGUUGGGCUCCACCUUUUGAUUCAGUACUUUCGAGAAAGGUUUUACAGUAACGAAACUGUAAUGCCAGUGAAAUUCAAUAGAAUAGCAGUCAAGAAAAACCAUGUCGAGCCUUCGCAAACAGUCAACAAUGUAGAUGGUUCGAAUCCAUCACUGCAGGCAAACGAAGACGAUGGGUAUCAAUAUCUAGAUGAUUUCGACGAGGGUGUAGAGAGAUCGGCUGUACUCGAGGAAGCUGACGAAGUUGAAGUUGAAGAGGAUGAAGAGUAUAGAGUUAGGUCUGCUGUUAUUACUGCAAUCGCAUCUAUACGUGCGAAAGACGACAUGACACCCACUCCUGUAUUGGAAUUCCUUGAGACUGUGUUGAAAGCUGUAGAUGCUGAGAUGGUUGGAAACCUUGUCACUCCCGACGAAGAAGUUUUGAUCGAAAGAAAAUGCCGCAGAGUUAACGAAGACAUAAUAGGAGGAGAAGAUGAAGAGUCUGGCGAUGAAGUUGACGAUGUUGUUGUUACUUCGAUGCCAUAUGCUUCUAGUAUGCUAAUUGCAGAUGCCUUACUGGCACUUUGUCAUAUCAAUGUGAGUCCAUCAUUCAUUACUGAUCCUACCACAGGAAAAUCGGUCCAGUCAACCGCAAGACAUCCCGUAUCUAAUCUGAUAGAGGUUAGCCGUCGAUGGCUGGAAUGGGAACUGUACAGAGAAAGUGUACGGAAGGACUUCCAGUUGAAGUCUCUUACCGGUGUCUCGGGUGUGUGCUACGACACUAUUGCACCUUGUGCCAUUACUGCUCUAUAUACGCUAUCGAUACUUCGGCAGAGUACGACAGAUAUCACUACCGUCCAAUACAUCAACUCUCAGGAGGGCGAAACAAAAGAGAGGUUCAAAAAGCUUGAUGAGGUCGCCACAGCUUCCUUUUAUAUUUCUAUAUUUGACUCAAAACCAGUCAGAUCUGAUGUAACUCGUGCAGCAUGUGCUCAGGCUGUCGCUUGCUUAUGCUGUGCCACUGAUAGGUUUGAAACUGAAAGUCGUGUAGGCCUUCUUACAGCUCUUGAGUUUAUGUUUGAGCGGAUUGUCGAUCCACACACAUCACCGGGGCUCCGACAGACUUUAGCACAAUUGAUGCUUGAUGCUUGCUCUGGAAAAAUAUGUUCAAUGCAACGUGUUGGUGCAAUCGGAGGCCGCAAUGAUCUAGUGGCCUCUGCUGCAAGAUUCAUACAUGGGCCUCUUGGCGCAAGCUAUGGGGGCGACACGGGAGCAGCGAUUGUCACAAAUGUUAACGGCAUUUCUUACUCAGCUGCACGUGCUGUAAAUGAUGGUGCUCGGCAUGGAUUGAAGCUUCUAAGAUGGGCCGGUCAUCCUAGAAAAGGAGAUCUUGGCGAAGAGCUCUUUGUUCGGGUAGCUUGCUUCGCGACAAAACUUUGGCGUACUAUCAACGGAGAACCGAUUGAAAUUACAGAUACAGUUACAGGCUUUCAUAAAGGAAGCGUCGGAGUAUGCGCUACCGAUGGUCAACUCCGUUGUACUCUCUUAGCUUUAUGGCAAUGGCUGUGGCCGAAGGGGUGUUUCGCUGUGAUGCAAGUGCAAAUAAGGAAGCCUACGCAAUGGUCUGGGAAUUGUAAAGAGCUUGGCGUGGAUAAUGUAAUGAAAACUUCAACAGAGGAAAUGGAAGCAGCAAAAGAGGAGGAGGCAUCUCUUGCUACACUUGACGAACUUGUAAAGAAGGAGCUCGACAGACAGGUGUGGCGGGGAGAAAUGGCGAUAAAGGCCUUUGAAAUGAACAAAUCGAACAUCAAAUCUUCGAAUGUUUCAGAUCUUUCUGCCACUGAACAAGGUAUUGGCCAGCCCUUGCCACCUAUAGUCCGAGAUACUGCGUUCAAGCAAGGAGGAUGGAUAGCAUCUGCCGCGCAGCAGAGGAGAAGUGCAGGUAGCGACGGUGGCACAGCUAUUACCAAAAUCAGAUUACGUACUUCAAAUGAUCAGUAAAAGGACGCGAGCUCAUGUCACGAGACCGGUGUGUCCCAUUCUAGUUUAUUUAGCAACUAUUCGAAUUCAGAAAUCAUUUCCAUAUAUUUUUCUCGGCGUCUGCUAUUUCGACAUCAUUAUUCUUUUUUMCUCAAUUCUGUGGAAAUCAUUCGAGAAAACUCGUAUCCCAAAGCUGCACAUGUCAACGCCGGAGGGUUCGAGACCAUAGAAGGAAAGACCGAAGCGUCGCAUAUAUACAAUCCAUUGUUUCCACGGACUUUCAGACAGGUAUCGACUACCCAAUCGGUUUUAUCCUCGCUAUCUAUUCCGGACUGCAUGGCACAAGUUCCUGCGUAGUGAUAAUAUGGGAGCAAAAAGCAGUGGCAGUAGAUUUGAAACCAUUGUCUUUUAAAAGGACUCAGUGCAAAGAAUAUAGGACGUGGGAAUAUCUCGAAAGAUGAAGGGUGGGUCGCCCUCUCCAAAGCGUCCCAAGCAGUUUUUAGUGAUCUCAUGUCUCGAGGAUCAUAUAGAUAUUUUGGGUCUACUUGAAUCGACAUGUUUUGGAGUCUUUUAGGUUCUCUAAUACUCUCUUCGUCCUUGGGUGAUAUGGCGACACUUCCCUUCGACAGAGGAUGCAUCAAAAAAAUCAUAGUGGUCGUAGUCAUAUAAUGAAGUAUAGAACCUAAAGGUGUGCAUAGGAUGGCAAGUCGCACAAAGGCCCUCACACAACGAAAUGCAUUUUCUACGAGUUUCAUGAGAAAGAUGUUUUGGAAUUUCCAACGCAAUGCCAUUGCUACGACAGAUGGGAUAAUUGAUGCAUCUGCAACUGAAUCGGUAAUGGCGACCUGAAAGACGGCACAAUUGCCCUUACAAUCCUUCUCUGGGAUGUUUAAAUGUCCAAGUGCAACGAUGCCGUUUGACGAGGCCACUUCAACCUUUCUCGAAGGUGCUUUUAUGAAGACUCGGGCGAGCAGUGCUUGAUCUUGAAGAUUUUGACCGACUCCACAAAGAGAUUCUUUGUUACCGAGAUCAGAUACCAUCAAAAGCGCUGGUGUCCCAAUAGCACCAGUGCAAAGUAUGACCCUCCUGGUGGCAUAAAUUUGUCGGUAUAUAGAGGUGCACUCGUUACCCACGAAAAUGCAUUCGACACCGGUCACAUGGUUUGUGUCUUCUGUAAGUAGAAGCCGUUGCGCCUCGUAACCUCGAAACCAGUGCAAAUAUUUUUCUAGAUACGGAUGUUGUUUCAAAAAAGGCUUCACGAGAGCAUCGUAGUAGUUUCGUCUGACUGGUUUUGCAGUUGUCUUGUUCCAUUCUACCAUGGUCGGAACUCUAGUGCCAAACUCUAACAGGGAGUUUUCUUGUUGAAAYGGUGUGCACAUAUUUUCCAUCGAUGCAUAAUGUAUGGCAUUGUGUCUUUCCAUAAUGGUUUUCAAAUAGCUUGCAUUUGAUCGAAUGCAUGAUCUAUACGGUUCUGGCCACGACUCUAAAUCCUGUUGCAAUGGUGGCAGACAUAAACAUGCGUUCACAUUCGAAGUUCCACCCAACCCAAUACCGCAUGGGAUGUCCAUUUGUCGCCCCAAAAUUUCCGACGAGAAAAGCUUCACGUUUUCCGAGGAACUAUUUGGAUUUGCAGCCUCGUACCACCGGUGUGGAGAAAUUGUAGCCUCAUCAUGAGGUGGACCCUGCCCACGUUCUACUAUGGCAAUCGAAAACGGCGACAAGCAAUCGUUCCUCGAAAAACCUUCAGAAAUUUCCUCCAGAAGGCCUCGCAGGAUGCCCAUUGCAGAAGGACCUGCACCAACGAUAACGUAAUCAAAAGCAUCAUCUUUAGAUGUCGCAUCGUUGGCCUCCUUAUUCAUUGUGUGAUGGCCGAUGCAUCCCCAAUUGUCAGCGAGUACCGUCUGAAUUAGAGUACUCUAGGUCUGCUCAAGUUGUCAGUUGUCCUGCUUCACAUCAGUUCGAAACAAACUAAAAAGGGAUUUUGUUUGAGUUUUCAUGUUUUCUUAGAGUUUGGGAUAAAAAUAAUACUUACAGUAGGUACGAAGUAACCGUACUUGUAGUAGAGUACGAGGUAGGAAGGCAAAAUGAGGCCGAGACAGGUCCGGAGUCGGUACAGAUUAUACAGCUCUACAGAGGGAACAAUAGCCUUCAUUUACCUUCCCAUUUUCUACCUGUCCCAAAAUUUWAAAAAACAAGAAGUAUUUUUACAUCAAAAUAUUUGGUAGUACUAAUUUAURUGUAGGAUGCUCCUACAGACCUUGGUGGGAAUACUACUGAGGGCUCUUAAAAAAAUCGCUUGGCUGAUCAAUCUGAGACUUCUGGUGGAUCCCCUUCUGCUUGUUAUUCUAAUGAAGUUAUUCCAGCGUAUGUGUUGGCAGAAAAAUGUCCUAAUAGCUUUGUCAGGAGGGUGAGACAAAUCUAGUGCUGUUUUUUUCUGACUAGCAAAAACUGAGCGUUUUUAAUGUACUCAUAACCUAUUUCACUUUCCAGCAAUACAUUUGCCUUCGUACCUCGUACUAAUGAUCAAGCAAUCUGAUUGACUAAUAAUAGGUAUUCUGAGUAAAGAUAGAUUAGUCUUUUGUGGUGCCCUGCAAGUGGAAGUCAAAUUUUGAAUAGCACAUCAGCAAACUCAUCUCAUGGCUGCCACCAACAUCUCUCAUUUCCCUAACUUCAUAUUUCUUCAGAAAAAAUGCGUUCAACCGAGUAAAUGCUCUACAUUAAAAAUAUGUUGAUAUCAUGUUUUUACAUCUUUCUCCCCCUCAAACUCUCUAGCUCCAGAAGGACAAUUCCAGGCAAAUAAUGACUAUUUUUGUACUUUUUAAUUCUAUUCGACUUCUAUGAUAUUUUUCUGUUUUGACUAGCUUGAUUCAAAAAUAGAAUUUCAUUAGCAGGCAAGGACAGAGCAAUUUUCUUGUUUGACCACUACUUCCUCCAUCCCAAAAUGAGAGUCCCCUAGUAACACCUUUGGUUUUGGAAUAAAAAGCUCAAUGUUACACACUACACAUUGCAGAUUGAUUGAAAUUAUGUUUCACAGGGCAUUCCAAAUGUUAGAAAUAAAGUUGCUUCCCAAUGCCAACUUGAAAAUGACUACUACUGGCUGCAGUUUUUUGCUUAAAUGAACAAUCUGAAUGCUAGCAGGGUAGGCAUCAUCUUCUUUUUUUAGGAAACAAGACAAAUAUUAUUGGUUUUUGGAUGCUGGUCUUGUGCUAUCAACUGAAGAAUGGGGAUUUUACCAGGAUGUACGUAGACCUACACCAGUGAUAUACUAACAUUCCAACAGUUCUAUUGAUUAUUGUUAGUACUAGCAGUAGCCAAUUUAGCACUACCAGCAUUAUGAUUGUCCCAGUAAGAGUGCAGGAUUUGCAGAUAAAUUGCAACAGGAGGAUGCUGGUCAGGGGACCAAGAAGUCCAAGCCACUAGUACUAGCACUAGUAGACUUCUGUGAAUCUCACAUAGUGCUGGAUUUCUAGGUCUCUAAUUUGCUUGCUGACCAGAAACUGCUGGAAUGUGCCAUGGUGUUACUGCAGAAUGGGCCUGGUACGUAUUCAUAUGAAGACCUAAAUUGCUAAAUAUUCUUACUUUACUUGAAUGUUCCUAACCUCAAAUUAAUGUUGGUAACUUUGGGAAUAGUUUACCGAGCCCUUGUUGCGAAAAAUUGUUGUGUUUUGUUUCUUGCUGUGAUGUUUUCGAUCCGAGGCUAAAUCACAACCCAUCAGAAAUUCACAAACCUACGUCCAAGGUACAUUUUCAAAAUUUCAAGCUAGAGUCUCUAUUUAUCACUAUUUUGAUCACGAGCACCGUCCAUGUGGAAUUCAUAUCUCACUAAAGGUGACUAUGGUAAUCGCAAGAUCUGCUUUCACCAUCAGAGUCAAGAUUUCUCCUACCGUUUGGUGCUAUACGCAGCGCCACAACGCCACUUUUCAAUUUUUUGCAUCUGUUGGUUGUUGCCAUGGUUUCUCCGAUCAAUUUGUAUUCGGUUCCGGAUAGAUUGAUAUUUUACCUUCAAGGACUUCAUCUAACAUCAAACCAACUAAAAUAGUUUUUAAAAAGCACGUUUAGUGUUUUUUAUGUUGCCAUGUGAAUCCUCGUCACAUCAAAGCUGAUGCCAGUUCAAUAUAUCUUGAGUGUUGUUUUGCCAUCAACGAAUGAUCUUUGAAAGGAUGAGUAGCAAUAGUCUCUCCCAAAUGGGCUGUCGAAAUGAAAGGAUCCUCAUUCUUGAGAUUAUGACGAAAUAUUCUAUGUGUGUGGUAGUCAUUUUCGUCCCAGCAACCCGCCCCUGUUGCCUUGUAAAUGCAUAGCCCAAUAACAGUAUCAGAAUGCCAUACAUAUUUCCUUUCCUCGGAGUUGUCAAAUUCUUCGACACAUUCUUUGAAAUGAGGUGCUGUUGCGUUCACCAUCUGCCUAGACAUGAUAUAGCCUGGACCACCUGUGCAGUAUGGUUUGACUAGCCCCCCUCUCUUUAAUCCAUUGCUAUCCUCCUUGCGGCCUGUUCCUCGUUCUCCAUAAAUACGAUAGCCUUCAGUACUUCGCGUUCGAAUGAAAGAAAGCAUUCCAUCGAAAUUAACGUAUGCAUCAUCGUCAACUUUGUAUAUCCAUUGGAACGUAGAUGGCGCAUCAGUGUUGCUUUCAAAGCUCUCGACAAUUUUAUUCAUUCGUUCAAUCAUUGCAGUAUUCUUUCUGACUGGUGGGUACUCGUCGUCGACCACUCCAUCCAUAACUACUACCAUGGAUGAAUCCUUAAUACCAGCACUUUUGGCAAGAUAUUCAAUGUCUUCGUCUUUAGAUUUGCCAUAAGAUUCACUAUCU